GAAGCAGUCAGGAGGGGAGAGAGGGCUGGCACGUGGAAGGGCAGUAUUUCACAGAGCUGGAGAGAGAGAGAGGAGGCGGAAGAUCUCCAAGAUCAGUGCGCUUGUUGUCUGACACACGCUCGCACUCACAUUUUUAUGAGAUUGAGGAAUGCAUUGCCUCUGGUGAGAGUGACAGGAACAGUCAGCCAGGGUUGAGUCACAGCAUUGCGCACAGUUUAGACACUUUCUUCACACUGGAAUCCACAGAAGCAUCUCAGAACACACCCUAAGCGUCAAUCAAGUGAGUUUCAGUUCACUGCUCUAAUGACAGCAAACUAAUUUUCUUCUGCAACCGGCAAUUCAGUCAUUCAGCGCGGAUGGAGGCUGCUUGAGGUGGAUCGUAAGGAGACAGUGUGAGACGUUUCAAGAGGAUUGGGCGAGGAUGGCAUGUGGUGUGUGGACCUUCAUGUUUUGCAUGACGCUAUGUAUCUGCUCUGCAACUCAAUCAGUAAAGACUGUGUAUCCGAGAUUACGUCUGUCUCACAAAGAGUUAUGGGAGCUGAACAGGACGAGAGUAUUCCAGGCUGGAGAGGGGCGUCUUCAGCACUACAGUAUGUCACUGGAUGAGACUCAUGAAAGGCUAAUCAUCGGAGGAAAGGACAUACUGUACUCACUCCAUCUAGAGCGCAUCACUGCCCCUCACAAAGAGAUUCACUGGCCGAGCUCUGAGGAGCAGGUGGGGGAUUGUUUAAUGCAGGGCAGAGAGAAGCCGGAGUGUGCAAACUACAUUAAGCUGGUGCAGCAUUAUAACAGCACCCAUCUGUUAGCAUGUGGGACUGGAGCAUUCAGCCCAGUGUGUGCCUAUAUCAGAGUGGGCCGUGGAACCGAGCUGGAAGGAGAGUUCAGGUUGGAGUCUGAUCACAUAGAGAGUGGCAGAGGAAGAUGUCCUUUCCAUCCCAACAGCCCUUCAGCAUCCACUAUGUACCGUGGGGAGCUGUUUGUUGGCUUGUACACUGAUUAUUGGGAGAAUGAUGCCGCUCUAUAUCGUCUUGGCAACCGCAGUUUCAUUAGGACUGAAGUGGGUGACAGAGAGCAGCUGAAUGAGCCCAAGUUUGUGGGUUCAGCAGUGAUCCCUGACAAUGACGAUCCUGCUGAUGAUAAGGUCUACUACUUCUUCACAGAACGAGUGACCAACGUGGAAGGAGCAAACAAAGCCGUUUACACCAGAGUGGCCAGAGUCUGUGCGAAUGACCAGGGUGGUCAGAGGAUGCUGGUAAACAGAUGGAGCUCUUUCCUGAAGACUCGUUUGAUCUGCUCAGUGGCCGGACCCAACGGCAUUGACACACACUUCGAUGAGCUUGAGGAUGUGUUCGUGCUACGGAAGAAAGAUGUGAAAAAUCCAGAGAUAUUUGGUCUGUUUAGCACCACCAGUGCUGUCUUUAAAGGAUAUGCGGUAUGCAUGUAUAACAUGGAAGACAUCCGUGCGGCGUUUAAUGGGCCCUUUGCAUACCGAGAACAAACUGACCACCACUGGAAGGUGUACGAAGGCAAGGUCCCCUACCCACGACCUGGAUCAUGUGCCAGUAAGAUAAACGGGGGCCAGUAUUCCAGUUCAAAGGAGUAUCCGGAUGAGGUCCUGCGUUUUGUGCGUUCCCAUCCCCUUAUGUUCCAGGCAGUGCAGCCCGUUCACAGGCGGCCCAUUCUGCUGGACACUGAAGGAGGACGCAAACUCACACAGCUGGCAGUGGACCGGGUGGAAGCUGAGGACGGACACUACAAUGUUCUCUUCAUUGGGACUGAUAAUUCUGUAAUAUUAAAAAUGAUCACGAUCUACAACAAAGAAGCCGACACAGUUGAAGAAGUUCUUCUGGAGGAAUUGCAAGUUUUCAAGGUCCCUGUUCCUAUUACAGAGAUCCUCAUCUCUACUAAACGACAACAGCUGUAUGUGGGCUCUGAGCUGGGCGUAACACAGAUCCGUGUGCACCAGUGUGGACUGUACGGUUCAGCCUGCGCUGACUGCUGCCUGGCCAGAGACCCCUACUGUGCGUGGGAUGGGUUCACAUGUUCCCGGUACUACCCAGCUGGCCUGUAUACAAAAAGGCGCUUCAGACGGCAAGACGUCCGCCAUGGCAAUGCGGUUCAGCAGUGCAACGGGCUUCAGCUAAGCGAAGAACAAAUCAUCUCAGAAAAGAUGGUAUAUGGUGUGGAGAACAAUAGUACCCUGCUGGAGUGCAGACCACGAUCACUGCAGGCGUCUGUGACAUGGUACAUUCAACAUGGCAUGGAUAUGGAGGAGGUGAAAGGCGAUGAUCGUGUGAUUCAAACCCCCCAUGGCCUGUUGCUUCUUAAAAUAGUGAAGGGAGACGCAGGGGUCUACGUGUGCCAAUCCACAGAGCACGGAUUUGUCCAGACAGUGGUGCGUGUCUCUCUGGAGGUGUUGGAUGAGGGGAAAGUGGAGGGCUUGUUGCAUAAAGGCGAGGAAGAUGAAGGCGAUUCUCCACACAGACCUCCGCCCUGCCACUUCCCCAGCCUGCCCUCCGCUCCAUCCUCCUCAAAACUCUGGUACAAGGAUUUCAUGCAGCUGAUUGGCUACAGCAACUUCCAGCGGGUGGAGCAGUACUGUGAGAAGGUGUGGUGUGUGUCUGAUAGGAAGAGGAAGAAACUCAAGGGAAUGGCACCCAAAUGGCGGUACACACCCGGGGCAGAGCAGCGGGCGAGAGCACGGGCACCUCGACACACACAGGGACAGUAAAGACUGUUAGAACAUUCAAACUCAUGCUCAGUGCAGGUGAUUACAUAUAGACAGUUUUAUUAUUAUUAUUAAUAAAAAAGGAAUUAAUGAUAGUCACUAUAGCAUUUCUUUUAGGGUCUUUAGAGUUGCAUCAUUUGACCUGAAAACUAUUAAUCUGUAGUCAAUAUGCCAGAUAUUUAAAGGUACACCAAGUCAUUUUUAAUAGACUUUAUGGAUGUGUGAAAGCAAAAUAAAACCAUUUAUAUUAUGCAAUAAUACAAAUAAACUACAUAGCAUUGCUUUUUUUUUCUUCUGAUUUACACUACCAUUCAAAAAUUUGGGGUCACUGAAAUUAUUAUUCUUUUUUUGUAAAGAAAUAAAUAUUUUUAUUAAGCAAGGACACAUUUAAUUUAUAUAUAUAUAUAUAUAUAUAUAUAAAUAAAAAUCAGUUUCCACAUACAUAUUGAACAGCUCAAGUUUUUUUUGUUUUUGUUUAUUUGUUUGCUUGUUUGUUUGUUUACCUUGAUAAAAAGAAAAUAUUUUCUUGAGCACCAAUUCAGUUUAUUAGAAUGAUUUCUGAAGGAUCAUGUGACACUGAAGAUUGGAGUAAUGAUGCUGCAAAUCCAGCUUUGCCAAAUAUAGUUUAAAAUAUAUUAAAAUAGAAAACACUUAUUUCACAGUAUUACAGCUUUACUGUUGACACUAUUAUUUUUCUGGUCUAGUAAAUCCAGCCUUGAUGAGCAUUACAUCUUCCUAAUUCCAAAAUUUUGAAUGGCAGUGUAUUUCAGUGCUUAAAUUCAGUGAGUCACAUCCUGAAAUAGAACUUUGGGUUGAUUAUUGCAUUAUUAUUGCAUAAGUCUUGCAUAAGUGGCAUAUAUAGCACAUUUUAGAAAAUAUAACGGGUCAUUCAGCUUUUCCAAUCUUAUGGGAAAUUACAAAAAAAUAUACAUACAGCAUGCAUACUAAAAAUGCAUGGAAUUAUUUAGUGUACAUUUAAAAUAAAAAAGGAAGAAAAUGUGUAAUGGUUUGAAAAUUUGUGCAGGGCUCUUGUGUAACAUUUGUGUUGUUCUACGGAAACAUGCAAUGCUACCUGACUCACUGGGCCAUUAAAAGACCCUCUCAGGAUGUGAAAGGAAAUGUUGUCCCUUUAACUGCUCUGAACAAUGACACAUGGCGGAGGCCAGCUGUCCUCUUGUCAACGAUGUGAGAUUUCCUAUGAAGAUUUCCCAGAAUGACUUUUCCACUGCUGACGAUUCAACUGAAGAAAACAUUUCUGUGAAUGGUUACUUAGGUUCAAAAACCCUCCUGACAGAACUUACGCACAUGCCGAGUAUAUUUAUCUGCAUUUUCAUUAUUUUAUAAAUUAUUCUAAUUGGUGUACGAUUUGUUCUUGUUUUUGUAGUGGUUUUGGAUUUUGACUGGACAUGUAACAAUGCAUUUCAGUUGUGUAUUAAGGUUGAUUGUAAUGCGUUUCUAGCAUUUCAAAAAACAUCAUCUUCUUUUGUUAGUGUUUAAGACAUGCAACAAUGUUUUUUUUGCUGUGAACUGCAAAGUUAGAAUCAAAUUAUGAUAUUUCAGUAAGAUCAACAACCCCUGUAUUAUGGUGUUCAAAAGUGUGUUAAAUCUUUGAAUUGCUUUGUUGUAUAAUAAAUGCCAUAAAUCCA